CUAUAUUCUUCUACCAUGAGCGACACUUUAAAUAUAUCGCCGAUAUUUGAAAAUGUACACGGCAUUGAAGUUUACAAAGAGUUUGGUCUGGGUUUUAAGAAAACAAUAUUAUUGUGUUAUAUCACGUAUAUAGAUUGGGGAUGUAUUUUCGAAAAUAUUUAUUUAACGAGGCGGUACUCUACAACCAGGAAAUCAAACCGAUACAAUGUGAAACCAGAUCCACAUGUGAUCCAACACGACUAUAUUGGUCCCCCAGAUAAAGACUCAAACAUACGCCCGUUUGUUCGAUGUGUUCAUCCUAACGAAACAUACACAGAAAAAAAAUUAAGACUGAAGCGUAUUGAGGUCGAAGAAUGGAACCAUUCGUUUUGGGCGAGACACAAUAAAAGGUUUUAUGAAGAAAAACAAGAUUUCAUUCAAGCACACAACCUUGCCGGAAUUCAAGAUAUUUCAGCAGAUAAGAUGAGUGAAUUCUAUAAAUUUUUUUUGGACAAAAACAGAAACUCUACAAGUGGAAUGUGCAAAUAUACUUAAAACUUUAAAAAAGGAGGCAAAAAGCAAUGUAAUUAAUGUAUAAUUUUACUGUUCAGUUUAAUUCUUUAAAACAAAUUGUUUGCAUACUUGUUUUAUUAAUCAAAGAAUAAAGGAAAAAUAAAUUAAUGUA